AUGAAAGUAGCUUUGGAACAGUACGGCGACAUCCAUGUCUUAAGAUGGGAUAGUUACCACAAGUCUUUGGAAGAUACAUUGGCAUUCUGGAUCGUCAUCUCCAAGACGGAGAUGAUCUCAAAAUCAUCUCUUCGGAAUUCGACAGAGUUCAAGAGAGAAACAUCUCUCUGUUCGUUCCAUAAGAAGAAGAAGGCAAGAUGUUUGGGACUUUAUCUUCCUGGCUUUGGAAAUGGGGAAGGGAGCCCUUUCCUCUCCCCUCUCCCACCCUCAAACCUUGGAGAAGAUGAAUAUGAUGUUGCGACAAGAUUCCAACUCUCUAGGUCAAAUUCUGAGGAGUUGGAGAUGAUCAAAGCUUCUCCGUACGUUCUAGUAUUCCUCAAAAGCUUCAUUGGAAGCUUGGCGAAGAUAAAUUUAAUGAUGCGACAGGAGGCAAUCUGGGGAUAUGUAAGCUUAUGGGAGGAACUACCCGAGAGAAUCGACCGGUAA